AUGGCGACGCUUUCGACGAUAACACUGUCCCUACUUAUGCUACUUUUAGCUUUUCUAUUUGUCAACUCGGCUUUUUCAGCACGGAUUGCAGGGUUUCAUGCAAUAGGAGGAUCACAGUACAUUAACACGAGGAACGUUUUAGAGGAACUGGCCUCAAGGGGACACGAGGUGAACCACUUAAUUACGUAACAUGAGUCUCGCUGCACGCUCACAUAAGUUUAUCUCACUGAUUUGAUGAUGAUCUCCAAUUUUUUUUCUGUUAUAGAUAUAUCGUACGGAUAUAACAAUUUAUGAUGAUAAUAGUUAUGAUUAUUACAAUUAAACAAUAAUACUAAUAAUGAUGGCACUAAUAAUAAUUCUUUCUAUUUGUUAUUAUUAUUAUUAUUAUUGCUAAUAGUCUCAUUUCAAUGUUAUUAGGAAUUUUUUUCUAAUUUGGGCACCUGCGAACAAUGUAACCCUGACUGACCAAAGUGAUAAAUUUCUCCUUUCAAGAUCAAUACACAUCAAGGAGAAAGGUGAUUCAUGUAACUAUGUACUUGAUUUUGAAAGGUUGUACUGGUUGUUGCAUCAUCUUUUAAAAAAUUCAAACCAAGUGAGAAAGUGCCACACAAGAUCUACCAAGUGCCAUAUAAACCAGGCUUCAUAGAGAAAACUAUGUUACCACUCGAACUGGAGGGGAAAAUGCUAGAGCUGAUGUUCAAAAUGAAAGAUGUCUUCCAAGUUAUGUGUGAAAGUGCCUUAACUUCUGCUGAAGUUCUGAAAGAGCUGCAGGAUUGUGACCUCCUCAUUUAUGAUACUACCUCUUUCUGUGCUGCAUUACUUGGUGAACGCCACAACAUCCCUCUUGUUGAGUUGUUGCCUUUGUCUCCAAAUGGCCCAGCUGCUUCUUUUCACAUGAUACCCAUGCCACUUUCUUAUGUUCCUGUUCUGUUAACCAGAUUUACCGAUAAAAUGACUUUCAUGGAACGUGUGACAAAUUUGGCAUAUUACUUUGGUCAGAAACUAUUUAUCAGCAUGGCAAUUAACAAGCCAAUGAAUGCCCUUAAACUCAAGUACAACAUAGUAGUUGAAAGGAGCUUUGAAGAAGCCAUUGCCAAUGUAGAACUGCUGUUGAUACUUGCAGAUUUUGCACUGGAAUAUCCCCAACCUCUGUUACCAGGUAGGAAAUGUUAGGGUGGUUCACAGUACUUUAACAGCACUUCUUCUUUCUCAUCAAAUUUUUACAACCACAAGCUAUUACAACUCUACAUCAGUUACUGGUAAAACUAUUAAAUGACACAUGUUUAAUUUCAGAAUUUCCCAUUUACUAGUGAGGUAGUAUUGUCACAGACUUUUAGGAGUUGAAAGAGCAUAAGAUUCUUAUCCCAAGAGUUAAUUGCACCUGGAUUUAGCUUAGAAUUUUUCCUGAUUACAUUUGGCACCCAAGGAUUAGGGAAUUGAAGAUUCCAAAGAUUUUUCAAGGUUCCUAAACAGUAAAGACACAAUCUUGUUUCAGUUCCUGUUCCAAAUCUAAGAACCAGAAUUAGUCAAAUAAAGCAUUUAAAAGCUAAAAAGAUUUUUCCACAACAUAUCUUUGACAGGCCAAAUCAUGAUUGGGCCUCUGAAUGUGAAAGAUGCUCAACCUCUCCCCUCUGAUUUAGAAGAAUUUAUAAGCAAUUCAGGAGAUAAUGGUUUUAUCAUUUGUUCCUUUGGUUCAAUGGUGGCAUCAAGCCUUCAAAGGGAGAAAGUAGACAUGUUAGCUGCAGCGUUUGGAAAACUGAAACAAAGAGUUGUUUGGAGAAUUAAAGGUAUUAAUUUUAGAGUUAUUGAAAAUGUAUUUUCCAUCUGCUCUUACAAUCUGAGUUACUUCUUAAAAAGUCAUUUAUUUCAUCAAUUGAUCUGUUCAAUGCAAUUGUCAUUCCAUUUCUCUGUAUAUCAAACAGCAACACGUUGAUGCUUACUCCAAACAAAUUACAGUCAUGUUAACUGCAAGUAACUUCAAUGAAUAAACCUUGAUUCCAAGAAAAUGCAGCAAGCAAAUGGCAACAGAUAAAACAGGAAAGCAAAUUGGAGUAAAUGAGAAAAUUCAAGCAAUCAGCAGCAGACAAAAUUUAUGUUAUCCACAAGCAAAUUGUAAGUAAGGAAAAUGAGUGCAACCAGUUUGCAAUUGGAAAGCUCAGCAUUGCUGACCAAGGAUGCAAUGUCUUGAACUUGACUCUCUGAUAUGAAUCCUUUGUCUCUCUGAUAGGUUACAUCCCAUCUGAUCUCAGCUCAAAUGUCAAAGCUAUGGACUGGUUACCCCAGAAUGAUCUUCUGGCUCACAAGGACAUCAAAGCUUUUGUCUCCCAUGUGGGACACAACAGUCUUUAUGAGUCUGCAUAUCAUGGAGUUCCAUUAGUGGCAUUUCCACUGGGUGGAGACCAGGAUAGUAAUGCUAAGAAAGCAGAGCAUUUAGGCAUUGGUUUAGUUGUGGAUCAUAAGAGCAACAAUGAUGUGAAGCUGUUUGAAACAAUUGAGAAAGUUAUCAAUGAAUCACGGUGUGUAAUGUGGUACAUUUUGUAAAAUCAAAUGUUUUAUUAUGAUCAAUACCUAUAGAUUAUAUUAACAGUAAUUUCUUAGCAAUAAUAUUUCACAUCUACCCAUUUUGAUUUUGGGAUAGUCCAUGAUUUGAUGGCGGUUGCUGCAUCAUCAGCACUGGACUUGACUAAUUGCAUAAUGACCAGUUGGUUGUUCUUUUUCAUUAUAUGGAAAAACAUCACAUAGCAUAUAACUUAAAAAAUUUCUCAGCUGAAAAAAAAAUCUACCCUUUCCACAGAUUUAAAGAAAAAGCAAAGCACAUUUCUGGUUUGUUGAGGGAUCGUUCACAAACACCUCUUCAAGAAGCUUGCAACUGGAUAGAAUACACACUCAGACAUGGUGGAGCUAAGCACCUCAAAGCCCAAGUGUUUAAGGUCCCCUGGUAUCAGUAUUAUUUACUUGAUGUUAUUGCCUUCCUGUUAGCAGUAGCAACUGUUACUCUCAUUGUGAUACGAUUAAUGUGUAGAUUUUUAUGCCGCAUGUGUUUUAAAAAGGGUGAUGGUAAAACUAAGAAGGAUUAA